GCAAUCGCAUUACCAGUACUAAAGUUUAUCUUUAACUAAAGAAGUAUACCUGUUUGUUUAUGAAAGAGAGUUUAGGGAAUUAGUAAAUGGUAUUUAAAGUUCAGUGUUAAGUUUGGACCAAUUUGUUGGGCGACUCUUCCGAAUCGGCCUCGAAUCCGAAAUCUAUAUGUGCGUGCUGUAAGCAACGCGCCGCGAUCAUGCACAGAGAUGCGCGUACACAUUGCAACCGGACCUUAUCAAGUUCAAAAUCUUUAUUAAUUCAAUAUUAAAUGCUUAUUUAUUCCAAAAGUUACACUGCUUUAGUAAUGGAAACAUUACAAUGCGUUUAUUUUAAACUUUAUACAAGGCGUUUAUUUUAAACUUUAUACAAGGCAUAAGAUAAAUAUUUCAAGCUCUCCUUUGUAAUAAGAGCAUAAAUUAAACAAACAAAUAUUUCAUAGCAUAAAUUUGGGAUUCACUGUGUUAUUUACAUAAUGCGCGUAAAUCGCGUAAAAAGAAGUUAUUGUUGUUUUUAUUUGAGAAUCAAUAAAAACGGACUACAUUUCCCAUAAAUUUAGAUCAUUGAAGACAAGCUCUUGGACGUACAUCGCAUUUUACAAUAUUUACUGUCUCGAGUUUCCACGCAUUUUUAGUCACCAUGUACGACCCUUUCAACGAUUAUUUCGGAUUUAGUGGACUGUUGUCCAAUUGCAGAGUAAAUGAUGAGUUUAUCUCGACACCGUUCGACCACAACGACGACUUCGAUUCCAACGGCGUCAACGUCCCAGUGAUGUCGCAAUCGGUUUCGUCCAUCAGUGACCUGAGCAUCAACAACAUGGUCUCGGGUCUGCCUGUCUCGACGAGCCAGACAUCGACUGCUUCGACCGGGUUCAUGCCUUUACAGUUGCCGCUGAACAUCGCUAAGAUCACCGAGCUCUCCAAGGUGAUGAGGGGAGGAAGGCGAGCCGAGUCGAGCUGGUGCGUUUUUUGUAAAAACAACGGAGAGAGUGAGAUGGUGUAUGCCAGCCACAAACUGAAAUCGAAGGAAGGCAUCACAACCUGCCCGAUACAACGAGCGUAUACUUGUCCACUCUGCGGGACCAACGGCAACCGGGCACACACAGUCAAAUACUGCCCAAAAUAUAAAGACAAACAAGGAGGAUCGAGCUCCGGCCCGGUGACCAUCGGAUCCCAGUGAACCCCACGGACAUCGACAGGACGCCGACAAUCACGUUCUUCCGAUCUCAGCAUGAGCUCUCCUGGCGGAAGUUUAUCACUAUACAUCGGGGGAAACAUGGUACCGGGAAACAUCGCCUGAUCUGAGCAGCCUUUGCAGCACGACACUUCCUUCGUUCUUCCAACUUUGCUAGCCUACGACAACCGACUAUGGACAUAAAAAAAACACUUUAUUUGAACUGAAAUAAAAAA